CACACCAAUAAUUUAGAAUGUGUAUAUGUGUGAGAAUGCUUUAUGUGGUUAAAGGUGGAUAAGCAUUGGAUAACGUUAGCAAUUUUAGGCAAACUUUAGUGUAGAUCUAGGUGUGGAGUCGUGAAGACGGUUUCAUCAAACAUCGUAACCUUCCUACUGUUUUCUAAUUCAAUGACAUUAUUAUACAAUCAGGUGUUAUAAGAUUCUUUGUGAAAACAGACAAUUUUUUCAAUCAUAAGCCACCCAUUUAUUUUUUUCAUAUAAAAAAUUAUAAGCCGACUAUUAUUAUAAUACUAAUUAUUAUGUGUAUUCUUAAGAGGAAAGGGGGUGAAUCAAAUUCUUGCAAUAUCCACGACCUAAUUAUUAUUACUAUAAAAAAGAAGAAAAAGACAAUUGAUUAAUAAAAGGGCCUGGUUGUUGUUGGGUGGGUGAGGUCGAGUAGGUUAAAGCCCAAUAAAAAGUAAACAGACUCACACACGCUUUUUAAGCCCUAUAUCACACUCACCCGGAACGAGCCUCGAGGAGGUUCAAGGCCUUGGCUUUUUGAUCUCUGCUUCUUUUUCUACUUCUUUCUACUUCGUUUGUCGCGCAGUCUUCUUCGUCUUCUUCUUCUUCUUCACUUCCAUUUCUCAUUUACAUUUCUUCAAAUACCUACCCAAAAGAUAAAAAAUACAAAUAAAAAUCCAAACUUUACUCUGUGUUUGUGUUUGUUUCCUAGAAAAUUUUGAUCUUUUUCAAGCGAAAGGGGGGUUUCCAUGGAAACCCGAAUUCUUGAAUCUGUUCCUUGUCUCCCUCUGUUUUUCUGUAUGUUCUUCGUUAUCUAUCUCAUUGCCUAUUUCAUUGUCUUUCGCAGUUGGAGCCCUAAGUUACGACCCGAAGCUUCCAGUUGUUCAAUCAGCUUCGCUCAUGGUACUCCCGCCGUUUUCUUAGCCUCUUACGCCAUACUCGCUGAGCCAUCUCGCGGUUUCGCCUCUUCCAAUAGCCAAUUCCAAAACUUGGUCCUCGAUUAUAGCAUCGCUUACUUCCUCAUGGAUCUUCUGCACUACGUCGUUUUCGUACCCAGUGAUGUUCUCUUCAUUGGACACCACUUGGCCACUCUCUUCGUCUUCAUCACCUGCCGCUACUUGGUCUCUCACGGUGCUUUCGCAAUUCUCGUCCUUUUGAUCCUCGCCGAAGUCACCAGCUUUUGCCAGAACGCAUGGACUCUCGCCAAUGCCCGAAAGCACGACGUCGUUUUUGCAGCCAAUCUGUAUGACUUUUUGUCCCCUCCUUUUUACGUUUUGUAUUCCAUUGCUAGAGGUUUUGUUGGUCCGUAUUUCGUUUAUGAAAUGGGUUUGUUUUAUAUGAGUGGGAAAGCCGAUAAUGUGAUUCCCAAGUGGGUUUGGGUUUCUUGGCUUUUCGUGGUCGUGACGGCCAUUUCUGUCAGUAUAUUGUGGAUUUCAAAUCUUUGGGUUGAGUUGUAUAGAAAUAGGAGUGGAAAACUAGAGAAGAAAAUGAGCUAGGAAAAAGGAAUUUGGUUCGGCUUUCCUUUUUUUUUUUUUUUGGUUUCUGUUAUAAUAUAUCUGUUUAUUACUGAUAUAUGUAUGAUGAUGAAUGUAAUGUGGCUCUUUGUCCUUUUGUAA